UUUGUUAAAGUUUAGCCGGACUUGUUUUGUUUCGGUGAGCUGCUGAGACUGACGUUAUGUUAACAAUGCGUCUGCUAAUUAACAGUUUAUCGGUUAAGAUAUACUAGUAUCUUAUAUUUUAUGACAAUGGAGUCACUUAAAGUCAUCGAUGGACAAGAAAAUUCAGCGACGGAGGCCACACUCACAGAGGCCAGGCUGGUGUGCCAGGGAGUAGACAAUCAGAGCUACAUCUGCGAGUCGGGUCACUGCUGUGGAGAGACACAGUGCUGCAGCUACUACUAUGAACUGUGGUGGUUCUGGCUGGUAUGGACUCUGAUCAUUAUCCUGACGUGCUGCUGUGUCUGUCAGCACUGGCGCUCCAAGCAGCGCUUCCAGCAGCAGCGGCGGCAGAACGAGAUCAACCUCAUCGCGUACCGAGAGGCUCACAACAACUCCCAGCUGCCCCUCUAUCUCAGAUUCCUGCCCACCUACUUGCUGCCGGCUUACGAGGAGGUGGCCGACCGCCCUGCCACGCCGCCUCCCCCCUACACCCCUCUGCAGUCAGCCGCCCCACCCACGGAGCCGCCCGAGGACUCUCCCCAGCUCUGCCUGGCCACACCCGUCCCCGCCAGCGACACACCACCGCACGCCACUCCGGAGGUUGCACUGACCCACCUCCACGGCGCCCACUACCCCAACAAGGAGUCGACGCCGGGCCGGUACCGGCGCUUCACGGGGGACUCCGGGAUCGAAGUGUGCGACGGCCAGGAGCUGUGGGAUCAGAGCAGCCUAUUAGAGGCCGAGGAAGAAACAGAGGAGCAGGGGGAGGCGGGGCAAACGGAGGAGCUGCGCGAUUGCUUCGGCCCCGUUAGCGGUGCAGUCAUUCAUGACGGCCCAGAUGGACCCACGGCUGUAGAGACAGAGCCACCGACUCCCAGCUAGUCCGUCAAUGUCUGCAGUGAGCAAACUGCCACUGAUGACAAUGUCACGCCUUUGGGGCUCAGGGGUUCAGUUAGUUUGACGUACGUGUGUGUGUGUGUGUGUGUGUGUGUGUGUGUGUGUGUGUGUGUGUGUGUGUGUGUGUGUGUGUGUGUGUGUGUGUGUGUGUGUGUGUGUGUGUGAGGGGGAGGGGGAGGGGGGGCCUGGAGGGCAAUGGCAGGCACGAGUACAUAUUUUGACACUUUCUAUAAAUGUAAAAGCUACAUUGUGCAACUUGUGAAGCUCCCCUUCUUUUUAUAGUGACAGUCUACCAGCUGUCUGCUUUAAAAUGUUCUCCUGCCAGGAAGCAGCACUGAUGUUCAUGUUGUUUUCCCCAAGUGCACUUACGAGGUUCUUAAAUCUCUGCUCCAUGAUUCUGUGACUCGUGAGACAUGGUCAGACCAUGUGAGCUAGAGCUCGACCAAUACUUUGGUCUUUGCGGGUUUGGAUACUUUUUUUCAAGCCAAAAGCACAAGGUCAAUGAAUCCCGAAUUCCAAAAGAUGUAUACCCAGGAUAAACUCUUAGAAGUAUCCCUCAAUUUAGUUCUGACCAGACCGGUGAGGGUGUAAAAGCAGUGAUGGAACGUGAACUGAAUGGUUCUUUUUGGCUAUGGCUCAUAAGCGGAUAUUGAUAUAUCCGCUAUAAGCCUCAAUUUGACCGGUGACUGUUCUCUUUUAAAUAUCUCAGGUUGUAGUAGGCCAUGUAGUUAUUCAGCAUCUAUGUGAUUAAGUACCUCAGCUUGUCAGGUACUUUUACCUGGCUGUUUUUUGUAUCCUGGACAGAUUUUUCACAAACAUGAUAUUUUGUCGUGAGCUAAAUUCCUUAGUUGCAUUGUCCAAACUAGUGUCAUGUUCAUCUUUACUGGAACAAAAUAUCCAUCUAGAAAAUUUAGCCUGUCACUGUGGAGCUGAAUGUGCUAAAUGUUUGAACUACAUCAAAGGCUGUGUUGUCUUUGUGGAGGUUCCUUGAGAGACAUUUUCUUUAAACUGUCAUUUGGAGAAUGCACAUGAUGCCCCACACAGGAGGGGUUCCUGUUUGAGUCUCCGGUCGGUCCGAUGGGGCCAUGAGGUGGAGCCUUCUGAGUAGGAGGAGUCAGGUCACAGCUCCACAGUCGCUAUGACUACGAGUUGCCCUGAGUAACCCUGGGUUCAUCAUCCUUUCAAUACGCCUUGUGCACACAUCAGAUCUCAAACCACAAGUACACUUGCAAAGGAAAAUAGGUGAAUCUGUGUGUUUAUUCUGCAUGUGUGUGUGCGCACAGCACCCACUGCUCCACUUUGUACAAAUGCUCUUUAAAACCUGCCACAGGAAAGUCUAUUAUACUGUUGCAUUUUCAUAUGCAUUGUUAUAAAAAAUGUUGGAGAACA